AGAUAUUGAAAAUUGUAGAGAAAUUGCAGUAAUUCCACCACUUAGUGGGGGAUAGUAUUACCACGUCAUUUUUUGACAGUGAUUCUACAAUCAAUCACUAUUGUUGCUGGCGUUUGGUGCAAACACUUUUGUGGAAUGGAUAUUAUUACGUUGGUAGAAGACAAAUUGGAUGUCACUUUUAUCUAUUCUCAAGUGGUUGAAAAUUCCACUGGAGCAGUGUCAUUAUUUGUUGGAACUACAAGAGAUAAUUAUGAAGGGAAAAAGGUUAUUCGUCUAGAAUAUGAAGCAUUCGUCCCAAUGGCAGAAAAAGAAAUAAAUAAAAUUUGCCUGAGAAUUAGAGAGAAAUGGAAAGUUAAAAACAUUGCCUUCCAUCACAGAUUGGGAAUAGUUCCAGUGGGUGAAGCUAGUAUAGUAAUAGCCAUUUCUUCUGAGCAUCGGACUGAGUCUUUAGAAGCCGUUCAGUUUGGAAUUGACACCCUAAAAAAAUGUGUACCAAUUUGGAAAAAAGAACUUUAUAGUGAUGGAGCCCCUGAAUGGAAAUCUAACAAAGAAUGUCCAUGGACAAAACGAGAAGAUGAAAACCCAAUCAAGCGGAAAAUACUGGACUCUGGAGCUACCGACUGCAUUCAGAUCAAGGCUUCAAAUUCGGAACUAGAAAAAAGAAUUUCGGCUUUUAUGGAGCGCAAACGAGCGGAAUCGGACGUAUUUAAUAUUCAAGAAUUCUGUCAUCGGCUACCACUGGAUGAGUCCGAGAAUUCAUGUGCUCGCACAGAGGCAGUCCUUAUAAGUAGAAAAGAUAGUAAAAGCCAUCUUAAAGUCUCCAGAUGUGUUAAUAUGUGGGGACCCCAGACGCAUUCAGAAGUUCCGGCACUAUCAUCUGCAACUACGCAGUUGAAACCAACACCUGCCAUACAGGAGCGCCUUCAAAACAUGGAAAAACAUUUGGGUCUUGUCAAGGAACAACCAAUUCCGCUGGAUGUAUAUGGACGCCUAAAAGCACUUGAAGAUAGAAUUCUACAUUUAGAAAGUAUUAGUCCCGAAUAUUUUGACGGUUCUUUGAAUCUCCAGAAUAGUAAAGAUGAAGAGGACGUGAUGGCAAAAAUUGAUCAAAGAAUGGAAGAAUUACGUAGAAAAUUAGUCUAA